GGGUUGGUAUGGGUGGCGGGGAUCGCCCGCAAGACUGGGGUGACCGACGUGAUCGGUACAACGAUGAAGGAAGACGCGGUCGAGAUAAUGGCGACCGCCAUCGGACGCAUGAGCGUGAGGCGCGUGAGCGGCGACCGGAGUUCUCCGAGCCCGUACGGAGACUGCCUCCAGUUUGCUUUGGUUGUAAGGAGUCAAGCGGAGCGGGAUGGCUAUGUCUGCCCUCCAGAGUUCGAGAGACGUGGUCGCUCGGCAUCGCCAAGAAGAAAUUAUGGAGCAACUGUAUACCGCUCACCGUCGGCAGACUCGAAGACUACUUCGAAAUUGGAGGAACUAGGCGAGAGUGUCGCAAGCCUAAAGGAAUUCAUUGACCUCGAGAAGGUGAGGCGUGAGGAGAAGGAAAGGAAAAGACUGGCUAAGGAGGAGAUUAAGAAACGGGAGAUGGAAGCACGUCAACGGGAGGAGGAGGAGCGCCUGGCGGAGGAGGCUCGUUGCAUGAGGAAGUUAGAUAAGCAAAGGAAACGUGAGGAGGAGCAAUUGGCAAUGACCAAAGCGGUUGAAAUGCAGCUGGCGGUACGACUGAGCAAGAUCCAUGAGGACAUAAAAAAUGAAGUUCGAAAAGUUGUCGAGAAAGGGAAGGAGAAAAUAGAGUUACCUUCCUCUUCGAGAACGACAAACGAGCCAAACGAGGUCGAGGCGAUCACAACCGCUACGGAGAAUCUGGCCAUCGCAGAAAAAAGGAAGCGGGGCGAAGAUACUACAGUGGGAGACACUGUGCUACGCGUUGGGUUGCGGAGUGAUUCCUCGAGCGACGUCGAGGUGGUGGAUGAAGCGCAGGACUGGAGGCACGUGGGAAGACCUCAGCGGCGGGUGACGUUCUACAGAGAGCCUUUGCAGCCAGACCAGCUUGUGGCGUACGCACUGUACAGGUGGGCGUCGGGGGAGACGUGCGAGAGCAGCACGUGCAACUUCGGGAUUGGCAGAGCUUCUGGCCUGGUUGUCGUUCGCGACGUUACUCUCGCGCUACUCCGGGUGUAUAGAGAGAAGAUUGUUUGGCUGGCUGGAGUUUGUAAACUCGUCGUUCUGCGGGCGUUCGAUGAUAAAGGGUUCCCCAAUUGCCACGGUUGCAUUGACUAUACUCAGAUCUACGUGGACAAGCCGGCGAACGCCCCGAGUGAAAACUACUAUGACAGGAAGCGUCGUUUCUCCAUCGUCGCACAUGUUGUCGUCGACCUGGACUUGCGUAUGCUCGAUAUGCACAUGGGAUACCUGGGUGGCUGCCAUGACAUCAGGGUGCUCCAGUUGUCCAGCUUGUGGCUGAGCACGGAGUCGGGGUCGUUGUUCCGUGGUCCCCCUGUGACACUCCCGUUCGGGGUGCGGACGAACGACUACGUCCUGGUGAAGAAUGGCUACCCCCCUUCGGAAUGGAUGGUCGUCCGGUAUGGAGGCGUCAAUCAGCACGUCGACGAGGAGCGGUUUGACAACAAGCAGAAGGUGGCGAGGGGAGCGGUGGAUAGGGCGUUCAGCAGGCUGAAGGGCAUGAGGCGGUUGUUUCUGCGGACACACAAGACGAACUUGGACACGCUCCCGCAGCAGUUCACCGUCGUGGUCGUUGAUAAUCGAUGGAAGGACACUGUUUGGUCAACGAAGAAGAUUCGAGACGCCGUCGCGGAGGUCACAGCAUGUGUUGGUUGUACUCAGUGGUGGAAGGAUAUGAGAGCGUUGUGCAAGUUGUUGGAUCCCAUCAUGGACAUGUUGCAGAUGGUGGACAGCGACACGAGGCAGAUUUGCAAGAUUUUGCAUCAGUACGACGAGAUGAUCGUGCGUUGUUUGUCUGCAUGUGCCGCUUUUGAGAAGGACGAGCAGGACGUGCUGCUUGAAGUGUUUGACAGACGCCGCACCAUGUUCAAGUCGCCUGCUCAUGUUGCUGCCAUAAUGUUGGACCCCGAGUUUCGAGACCGCACGAUGCCAGACGACGAGGAGAUGCAGCACGGUUUGAAACUCGCUCUGAUUCAGUUUGGGUACCCGGAGCAUUCGGAUCAGCACAACGAGGUCCUCACUGCCAUUGACAAGUUUCAUUCUAGGGAGCCGCCGUUCGACGACAUGACGACGAUGGCGCCGAAGACGAUGAUCGUGGUGAUGGUGGAGAUCGGCCAUGACCCCGCUCGACUCGGACAGACGCUGACAGAGGGCCUGACGAGGGAGCAAGACAUUGUCACGAUGAGGGUGGCGCUGAUGCACGGAGCGGCGGAGGGGCCUCGAGACCUGCAAAUGGUGACACCGUGCCCGGCGACGGGGCAGGAGGCGAGCACCGCACAAUCUCGGAUGAUGCUCGAGGGGCCUCGAGACCUGCAAAUGGUGACACCAUGCGCGGCGACGGGGCAGGAGGCGAGCACCGCACAACGUCAUGGUGGGGUUGCUAGCGUUCCGCUGGUUAGAGUCCCUGCAAUUGAGCAGAUUCCAGUUUUCGAGGACUCUUUCAACGAUCAUGUCGACGAGGAGCGGAAUGAGCUUAAUGAUGGGAGCGGUCAUGCACCAAAUGAUACUUUGAGUACACACGCGAUGGCUCUGACGGGGUCCUCUGCAGCAAUCUCGGAGUUGCAACAGGGUCCUGCACCAUUGAUGCGUCGUCCCGAGUCCGAGGGAGACGUCUAUCAUCUCCCAGUAAUGCAGGACAAGGGUUCUGCUGGUGCAGUACAUCCACUCGCGUCUAUCGGAGCGACAGUCUCAGCUGCAGCGACCUCAAAUGUGGGACGACCACCGGCAGUGGCGGAGCAAGAGAGUAUGCUCCCACCUCGCAGUGUGGGAGCGGCAACGACGGGCUACAGGGAGGGGGUUGCUAUGCAGCAAUCAGGCACACACGGAGCCGAUGCAGUGAACACUGUAUCGCUGCCACCGUUUGCAUUGAUGGAGGGGACUGAUGUUGCAUGUCUAGGCGAGGAUCUUCCAGGAUGUGAGAUCUCACACACUCCCGCAGCUGAGCAGAGCGCCGCAGACCAUGUCGGCUUGGCAUGCCCCACCGACAGUCUUCCGGGUACAGGCGAGUUACUGGUCAUGGAGUCAGCGCUCGUUUCUCUCCCAGACUUAUCGACGUUGAUUUCUCCAAGUGUACCCCACGUGUCACCGCCUAACCCACAACAGCCUGUCGCCAUGGAGCGCGGACCAGACGCGUUUGACGAGUUCGGAGGCGAUACGAUUAUGGUGAGGCCAAUGGUGUCAGCCACGCUAACAAUUUUUCGUGUUGGCAGACCACACGAGGUGGACCUCGGUAAGGCCGAGACGACGACGCGACACCGCCGCGACAGUCACCGCAGCACCGCACACCGCAAUCUUUCUGAUUCGUUUGACGGCCCGGAGCAAGCUCCAAUGGGUGGGGCAGUUGACGCAGUCGAAAGACCAGCAACACCCCCACGUCAGCCGUCAAACUCAGAGCACCAUCCCGAUAGCGCGGCUGCCGAGGCAGUUACGGGCGUCCCCGCCACAAACACCGCGGAUGUGACACGACAGCCUGUGGUAGGGUCAUCGCCGACAGCACGGCGCGACACCGCCACUGUUUUGGCGAUAGCGGCAUUCUAUGGCAGUGGGAGCAGUGUUGGGGGGUUGGGCAAGCAGGGAGUCCGGAUUGUUAGCAGGCCAUGUGUACCGUCUAUGGGAACACAAUCCAUUGGGACUGUUGAUGGUGUUCGCCACACCGCCAUGACAGAGUAUGAGGAGCGAUACGGGAGUGCUUUGCCGACGAAGACCUCUGAUGUCCAUGCUACGAGGGUCACGAAGGCGAGUCUUUCUCGGGCGAAGAAGAGGGCCUCGGAAAGGAAGGCGUCACGUUCGUCACCACAUAUGCGUUCACGUAUUGGACGAUCCGGCGUUGUGCAUCUCGAGGACGGAGAGAUUGCACCUGAUGGCGAUGCAUUGGAUGUUGGAGGAAGGGAUGCAACGACGGCAAACAGCGUCGCCAUGGAGGGUGUAGGGGAUGGAGUGGCAGGUCAAAAGAGACGAGGCGGUGUACUUAUCGUCCACGAUGGCAGCACGGAUGUCGCCCCGGGAGAGACCACAUGUACUGAUGAUGCGGGGGACUCCGAUUACGUGCCUACAAACCCUAAACUACGGGCGGCGGACGGGGAUGAUGGAGGAGGGCGGCGGACGGGGAUGAUGGAGGAGGGCGGCGAGUGAGACAGAGGACACGACUCGGGCCACAAGGGCAGCGGCCGCAGGGCACAACAUCG